AUCCAUACACCCUAGCAGUGUAUAACCAACUCUCCCGGUUCAAAAAACAGUGUUCAAAUUGUAAAAGCGGGGUAGUUUAGGAAUAACGCGUCUUCACCGUUUCUCCUCUGUGGACAAGUGUCCAUCCCGUCUCAUAAAACGAGACACUUCCUCUUUUAUAUUCUCCAGUCCGGAGGAAAAGUAUCUCAAAUCUCAGUAUUCUUCCAGAGACUCUCAAUAUUCUCAAACCCUAGAAUUCUUUUCAGUUAGAAAAUUCUACUCCGUCUCCUCUUACAAUUCUUUUCAGUUCAAACCUUCUUAAUUUCAAUGGAUGUUCGAAAGUCACCUAGAUUGCCAAAGAAUUCAUCUACUGCUUCACCUUUUUCUUCUACUGGCCUGAAACUCAAACCCACUUCUACUGCUUCACCUUCUUCUUCUUCUUCUUCUUCUUCUUCUUCUUCACCUUCUUCUACUCCUAAUCACAACAAACAGACCAACAAACUCAUAUCCACUUCUUUUAUUCCUCCAAAACUCAAAUCAACUCCUGUUUCUACUACUACUACUGAGAAAUCACAUGCGGUUGAAGCAGAAAAACCUAAGAAGAAGAACAAUGGUGGUAGAGUUUGGAAGGAUAAAGAUGAGAUUCUUCUUCUCACAGCUAUUGCGGAUUAUGUUAAAAUAGGUGAAAACCCUAAUUCUGUAGCUUUUUGUGAAUUUAUUCAGCCUAAAUUUAGUGUGGAUGUUGAUUUUGGACAAAUCAGGUCUAAAAUUAGACACACUAAAGAUACAUAUCUAGAAAAAGAAAAGGAAGAGAAGAAGGGGAUUGUGUUGAAAUUUAAAACACCCCAUCACAAAGAAUGUUAUGAAUUGUCAAAACCGAUAUGGGGGAGUGGUGGUGAAGGCAGUGAAACAGCUGGGGUUGAGAAUGAAGAUGAUGCAGAAAUCCGAAAGAGUAAGAGAGGUAAGAAGAUGAAAGCUGGUUCUAUGAUUCAAACAAAGGAUGGUAAUGCUACCGGUGCUAAUGAGCAACUAGAAGAGGUGGAUGCUGUUGUUGAGAAAGCAGCAACAGUUGAGAAACGACAACACCGUAAAGAUGGUGCCGAAGGUAGUGAAGCAGCUGAUCAGGCGAACAAGAAGAAACAAGGGAAAAAAGUUGGUGAUAAGAAACAUGGAAAAGCUGGUGCUGGUGAUGUUGAAGCAAAAGCUGAUGGACAAGAAGAAGGAAAAAAGAAGAAGAGGACAGAAGUUGAAAAAGAAAGAAGCAAGAAGAAGAAGAAGAAGAGGACAGAAGUUGGCAAUGCUGAUAAUGUAUUGGAGAAGUUGAAACCAACAGCUGAUAAGCAGCAAGAGUGUUUGUGUCAAUUGAUGACUCAUCAAUGUAAAGAACAAUUAACCAAGGCACCGUUUGAUUUGGAAAGUUCUCUAAAUGAGAAAAUUCUCCAAUCGAUUGAACCAUCAAAGGUGAUGGCAUAUCAGCAGAAGUGGAAAGAGAUGCGGAUCGCAGAGAUGGAACUGUUCUUGAAAAAGAAUGAUUUGGUCCGUGAAGGGUCAUUGCUGGUUUUGGAGGCACUGAAGGCGCCACCUUCGUAAGGUUUUGUUGACAUACUUGUUUAUAAGAUGGUUUUUGCGUUCUCAAUAGCAUAAGCUGGUACAGAAGAUUUGCAGGAUCUUAGGUUAAAUGUUGCUAUUAGGAGUGUGGAAUUUAACUUUUUGCCACCUAAAUUAUCUGUACAUGAUAAUGGUGAACGGGCAAAGUUGACUUACUAGGUUGUAAGCUGGUUUUGUCUUUUUUAUGGUAGAAGUGGGUAGGUGGUUAGGAUGUUUUGUCUAGGGUUCUAGAAUUAUGUUGCUAUAAGAGUAGGCUUUUUAAUUUCUGUCACUUGAAGAUCUGUAAUCGAUCAUUUUGUAUCUAUAUAUUUUUAUUUCUCUUAUCAUAUCGACUAAAUGUGGUGUUACAUUAUUGGU